AUGGAAAGAAAGAAGCUUAUUGAGGAGUCGGUGACACGGGAGAUUGCAGGGGUCAACCCUGUGGUGGCCAUUCCGUAUGCUACGUCGGUGUACUCGAUAUCGUUGACAAGGGGCCCCAAGUGGCUCUUCACGGGCGGAGAGGAUGGCUUGAUCCGGAAGUUUGACUUCUUCAAGUCGGUGGAGGGCAAGUCGCUGUUGACGGUCUCGCAGAGACACCAAUUGAUCGACUCGAUUCUCUUCAACGGGAUGAUAUGCUCGUACUGGGAAAACGAGAUCCCCUACUACAAGUCGGACCUGUCGGGCAACAAGGCCGGCUCCCCCGUGUACUCCUUGUGCAGCGACCAGAACGGGUUCUGGUUGUUGAGCGGUCUACAGAACGGCGCCAUCACGCUCCAGUCGGUGCGCUCCUCGGAGGGGACCAUCCAGUGGUACUUCAAGAACGCCAACGACAAGACCGUCUCGAGCGAGGACAAGCAGUACCACCACUCGAACUCGGUCUCGUGCAUCGUCACCAACACAGAGCAGACGAACUUCCUCAGCGGCUCGUGGGACAGGAAGAUCCUCAAGUGGGACCUCAACACGGGUAAGAACAUGAACUGCUUCAACCGCUCCACGGGGCAGGUCUCUGCGCUGCAGUACCGGCCCUCGAUCGGCACCGACCUGCACUGGGAGGCGACAAACGACGACGACGACGAUGAUGACAACAACAACAACAACGACGACGAUGACAUGGGUUCGCUUUUUGACGAUGACGACGACAACGACGGCGCAAACGAGGACCGGAGGGACAAAAGCGACGCGGCAAAGAAGGAGGCUGCCGACGAGCCCGGCCUCGAGCCAAAAGAGAAGGCCGCCUCGCAGGAACCUGAGGUCCGCAGAGACAUCCUCAAGCUGCAGCGGGAGUCGCUCCAAACAGGCACCUACGAGGGCCAGCGGGUCUCCGACGACAUCUUCCUUUCCUCCUCCAUCGACGGCUCCAUCAACAUCUGGGACGCGAGGAUCGCCCCACGGGCCAACAACGUCGAAAAGAUCCCCGUUCCGGCCAGCACCCCGCCGUGGUGCAUGUCGGCAACCUGGUCCGUCGACGGCGACUCCGUCUUCGUCGGCCGCAGAAACUCCACCGUCGAGCAGUACGACGUCCGCUUCCCGACCAAGGUCAGCUCGCUGCUCAAGUUCCCGAGCGCUUCCGGCAGCAUCAGCUGUGUCCGCACCCUGCCCAACAGGAACUACCUUCUCUGCGGCUGCCAGGACAACAUCCGGCUCUACGACCUGCGUCUGCACGACGCCCCGGCGACAGCCCCAACCGCCUCCGCCCCCUCCUCGAGGAAGGUCUCCCGGAUCCCCUUCACCAUUGUCCCCGGCCACAACGGCGGCAUCCUCAGCGACCUCUACGUAGACCCGACGUGCCGUUUCAUGGUUUCCGCCAGCGGCAACCGUGGCUGGCAGGGGAAGCCCAGCGACUACGUCUUCAUCUACGAGUUCAUGUGA